CGCCAUCGACAGUGGAAAGUACCAGAAGCCGUUUAUCGCUGGACUGCGCCGGUCGUUGCUGAGGUGUUCUGUCGUUGGUCGUUAACGAUUCUGUAUUGGGAAAAGACUAUUCUACAUUGAAUUGUUCUUCUACCCUGACCUGCUGAACAACUAGAGUUUAAAUCCUUAUCACGAUGGCUGACAUUGUGAAUUCAGUGCUUGCUCUACCUUGGGAGGAAGAAGAAUGCCUGGAAUACUAUGGCAUGUUUUCCUUAUACCAGUUGUUUCAUGUAAUCGGUUCCCAGUUAACGGAGAGCGAUGUUAAUGCCCUGUCUUUUCUGUUGAAUGAAUCCUACUCGUUCACUCACCCCCUGGACCCAAGCAUCUGGACAGUAGAAGAAGCUGGUGAAAUGCCCAGCAGUGCCUUACUGUCUGCCUGGAAGAAAUGGAACUGGCACCCUAAGCCCGGCAAUGAUUUGGAAUUCUCUGAGAUUCAAAAGCCUAAAAAUGGCAUUGAUCUGCUCUUUGAAUUGGAGAGAAGGGGGUAUUGUGAAGAGGGCAACUUUAGACAUCUACUGCAGCUACUAAGAGUGUUAACACGGCAUGAUCUCCUUCCAUACGUCUCUUUGAGAAAACGUCGCCCGGUAUCCCCUGAAAGGUAUACCUACGGGCCUUCAGUUAUGGACUCAAAAAAACAAGUGGACGGAUGUCUUAAUCCAACUGCAUCACAAUCCAAUGAAGAGAACUGGGAAACAGGUUCUACUCCUAAGAAGAGAAAACGAUCAGCAAAUGUAAGGCGGGGUCGCUGCCAAAAACCAAAAAAGAGCAAAGUGAGCAGUGCUCCCGAACAGGCAGAGCCCACCCAGAACAAAGUCACAUGUGGAAUCCGACUACGUGUUCGAGCAGAGUACUGCCAGCACGAAUCCAUUUUAAGCCAGAAUGUUCUGUCUGUGAAGCAGAAUCCACUGGAGAGGCAGUUUGAUCUCUUCAGCCAGUCCAACACAGUUCUGAAAUCUAGGGACCUUGGCUCAAUCAUCUGCGAUAUCAAAUUCUCAGAACUCUCCUACUUGGAUGCCUUCUGGACAGAUUACAUGAAUGGAUCCCUACUCGAAGCUCUGAAGGGGGUUUUUAUUACUGACUCUCUAAAGGAAGCUGUCGGACAGGAAACCAUACAACUCCUUGUAAAUGUAGAUGAGGACGAUUAUGAAGAAGGUCGCAGGCUGCUGCUAGAGAACCUUCCUCAGCAUUCCAGUUAAGGGUCUCGUAAUAAAGACAGUUCAUGUGCUCGAUGGAGUACAAAAGUAGUAAACAGUGCCUGCUUGCCACCAGGAGUUCAGAGUAUUUAAUUCAUUAUCAGAUGGGUUUCAGCGAGUGUUUUGGUUUUUUUUUUCUUCCUCACUUGAAGCCCCGAUAUGCUGCUCUUCAUAAGGGUAGAAAGCUACUUGAAUUUCUUAGUAGGGAAGAGCCUUGUAAAUGGGUGAAAAGCUUUUCAGCAGAUUAAUUGGCUUU